AGGAAAAGAAAGAAUAUGGAAAUCAAGUACGAGCGUCCCAAGAUCAUGGUGAAGACGGCAGGACGACAAGAAAUACCGGAGGUCGAGAAGAUUCGAGUGCUCGGGCUGCUCAUCGAGCGAAACCGGGUCAACGGUGAAACGGUGAACAAGCUCGCGGGCAAAGCGGCCGCGGCAAUGAGACUCAUCAAGAGGGUGUGCAACAGAAGAGCGGGGAUGAAGGAGGAGAGCCUGACCAGGCUCGUUCAAUCCUUCGCAGUCAGCCACAUAACGUACGUGGCCGCCUUCCACAACUGGAGGCCAAGUGAAAGUAACAAGAUAGACGCAACCAUACGCAAGACGUAUAAGGCGGCACUCGGUCUUCUCGGGAGCACGAGCACCGAAAACCUCAUGGCGUUGGGAGUCCACAACACGCUGGACGAAAUAGCCGAGGCACAGAGAACGGCGCAACUCGAGCGUCUCAAUGAAACGAGAACCGGAAGACAGAUUUCGCGGGACCUUGGCCUCGAACCAAGGGAAGGCGAGCAGCAGACCAGCGUACCUAUACCGGAUAGCAUCAACAGAAAGCUCAGGGUCUGCCCGAUCCCGAGGAACGUGAACCCCGAGCACAACAAGGAGCGAAGGUUGGCGAGGGCCAGGGCUCUCGUGGACCUCCACGCCAGAGAAGAAGGGGCCGUCUACGUGGACGCGGCGGAGUAUCGAGGGAGCAGCGGCGCAUACGCGGCGGUGGUCGUCGGGGCAUCGACGGGUGCAACGAAGACCGCGGCGAGCGUCCGCACUCGAGAAGCGCACCGGGCGGAAGAGGUGGCCAUCGCCUUGGCCGUCUCCGACCCCGGAUGCACUACAGUGUUGUGCGACUCUAGAACGGCAGUGAAGAACUACGCCAAGGGUAGGGUAUGUAGAGAGGCCGCGCGCAUACUACGCAAGGCCGCAGACAUCGGACGCAAAAGUGCUGUGGCGAUCAAGUGGUUUCCGGCCCACAUGGGCAGUGACGUGUCGGAACGCGGGAACGCGAACCACAACGAGACGGCCAACGCGGCCGCGCGAGGACUAACCAACCGCGCAGCUGCAAACACGGCCGACUCGGGGUGUUGGUCGCGGUACAGUGCCAAGGACAAGAUGACCUCCUUCAACGAAAUAGUGAAGUGGUAUAGACUAAACAGACAGACUAUGCCGCCACCUCAUCCAGGGCUUUCUAGGAAGGAGGCAGUCUUAUACAGACAAUUACAGACUGGGUCCCUGCUCACCCCGGUGCUAGCAAAGCACGUGUGUCCGAGUGUGUACGCGAGUGACGUGUGUAGACUGUGCGCGAAGGAGAGAGCUACCGCGGCUCACAUCCUUUGGGACUGUAGAGUAAAUCCGCGAGAAGCCAGCGAGAAGACGAACCUCCCGCCGCAGCUAGAGGCUGCAACGAGGAGCUAUGAUCAAGGGACACAACUCAAGGCCGUCCAGCAGGUCUCGGCAGCUCUAGAGAGGCAGCGACCGAGCGAAACCGGGGAGAAGGGGAGCAGCACCCCCAAAAAGGGGGCGGCGGCCCUCUCGGACCCGCGGAAGUAG